AUGACCCCAAUCAUCAUAUUUUAUAAAACAAACUCAAUGAUUGAUUUUUUGCCAUUGUUUAUUAAGGAUAAUUGUUUUAGUGUUAUUAAAACAACAAUCAUUAAUCAAAUUCAAUCUCAAUUCCCUGAAAACAAAAUUAAUAAAACAAGUAUAAAAUUCUUUAUAGAUGGUAAUCAAAUACAACAAGAAAUAAUAGUUAAGACAAAUACCUUUAUUUAUGUUACAUUCUCUUUAUUGUCUGAAAUUAUAAUAGAAAAUGAAUCAUCUUUUAAAACUAAUAUGUUUAAUAAUUCUGUUUCAAGUAUAAAAGAAGAAUCCAAAUCCUUUUCUUUAUUUUUUACUGAUAUAAAACCUUUUUAUUCUUCUUUUCAUAUUGAAGAUGAUAAUUCUUCUUCAACGUUUUUUAAAACAAUUGAACCUUAUUAUUUAUAUCUUUAA